UGCACGCACGUAGAGCCAGAGAGGAGGCUGUCCUUAAAUACAGGGAGACACCCACACGGCAGCAGCACUUCUGCGGAAGAACAGCCCCGAGGAGCGCACACAUUCCAGCUCGUGGUUCUCAUCUUUUUAACUGAAUCCUUCAAGAUGUCCACCAAGGAUAAGCUCAUCAGCCAUGUGAUGAAGGAGGAGCCUGUUGGCAGCAGGAGCAAGGUGACGGUGGUCGGUGUGGGCAUGGUGGGCAUGGCCUCCGCCGUCAGCGUACUGCUCAAGGACUUGUGCGAUGAGCUGGCUCUGGUUGAUGUGAUGGAGGACAAGUUGAAGGGUGAGGCCAUGGACCUGCAGCACGGUUCCCUCUUCCUCAAGACACACAAGAUUGUGGCCGACAAAGACUACAGUGUGACAGCCAACUCCAAGGUGGUGGUGGUGACUGCUGGUGCCCGCCAGCAGGAGGGCGAGAGCCGUCUGAAUCUGGUGCAGCGCAACGUCAACAUCUUCAAGUUCAUCAUCCCCAACAUCGUCAAGUACAGCCCCAACUGCAUUCUGCUGGUGGUGUCUAACCCAGUUGACAUCCUGACCUAUGUGGCCUGGAAGCUGAGUGGUUUCCCCCGUCACCGCGUAAUCGGCUCCGGCACUAACUUGGAUUCUGCCCGUUUCCGCCACAUCAUGGGAGAGAAGCUGCACCUCCACCCUUCCAGCUGCCAUGGAUGGAUCAUUGGAGAGCAUGGAGACUCCAGUGUGCCCGUGUGGAGCGGUGUGAAUGUUGCUGGAGUUUCUCUUCAGGGCCUCAACCCACAGAUGGGGGCUGAAGGCGACAGUGAGAACUGGAAGGAGGUCCACAAGCAGGUUGUAGAUGGAGCCUAUGAGGUUAUCAAGCUGAAGGGCUACACUUCCUGGGCCAUCGGCAUGUCUGUGGCUGACUUGGUGGAAAGCAUCAUGAAGAACCUCCAUAAAGUGCACCCAGUGUCCACACUCGUCCAGGGCAUGCAUGGAGUGAAGGAUGAGGUCUUCCUGAGCAUCCCUUGCGUCCUCGGCAACAGCGGCCUGACAGAUGUCAUUCACGUUACCCUGAAGCCCGACGAGGAGAAGCAGCUGGUGAAGAGCGCUGAGACCCUGUGGGGCGUCCAGAAGGAGCUCACCCUGUGAAGAUCGGUCCUCUGAAUCCACCAGACCUCCCUGCAAUUACACCAAACGCUGUGUGGUGGACUCCCUCGAUCUGUACCUCCCGUGUCUCCUGCUCACGGCAAUGAGCGAACAAGACCUCUGAAUAUCGUUAAAAGGCCAAGUUGCUUGUAGCUAAAUCCAUCAGAGCUUGAUCAUACUUUCAGAUAUUCACACAUUGGUGUUGUUUUCCGUUGCCACCUCCCUCCUGCCAUUGUCCCUUCUGACUGAAUUCUCUGAAUCUCGUAACUGUAGCCUUUGAUGUCAGCCUGUAUUGGAGGAAGGGUGUAUCUGUUCGUUGUCCUCUCUAUACAAGAAGCGUAAGGCCUUUACGUAUUGAGCGUGUAUACUCUGUACUGUAUGUUACUCAUGUGUCACUGUGUUGUUGCUUCCUCUGUACACUCCUUGGUCAUAGUUUAUAUUUAUUGAGUGUUUGUAACCAGCAGUUUUGUUUUUAUCUCCACUUGGUAAACUCUGUUUAUUUUAUAUUUGGAGUAUAAUAGAGACAUUCCAUUCUCUAUGAGGAGGGCUUCCUAUCCACUGACAGCCAUAACAACUCUCCUGCAUAAUAUCACAGUCCUGUGAUACCAAAGUACCUUAUCAUUUGAGUAGUGCAAUGACACAUCUACUGCCUGGCGUUAAAGCCUUUUUAAACAAACCUAACCACAAGUGCACUGACAGAAAAACUAAAAAGAGUGAUUUAUAAUUACUAUAAUAAGUAGCAAAGCUUACAGAAAAGAGUAAUAAAGGGGUUACCAGCUAAAUCUAUCCAUAAUAUAACUCAAAAAGAGUAAUAACAGAACACCAGUGGGGGAAGAGUCAGCCCAGAUCAUGAUUCAGGGUCCGGUUAUGCAGAAUGUUACAGUCCCGAAGAUGUGGUUUGUGUGUGCAACCUACAUGCCCUCAACAGGAUUAGUAUUCAUUUUACUCCACCUGACACUGAAACAAUGAGACAUGCGAAGAAAAUCUAUUCUGUUAUUUAUAAAUGUUAAGAUCUAUUUAUGUACUAGUAUUACAACAUAAGACAGGAUAGGAUUUAUCACUUUACUGAGGAACCGUGCCCAUCAUGGCAGCUGGAUAUUGAUUUUUAUUUGCCGUAACAUCAAAUAAACCUGUCAGGAUAAAGAUACAA